ACACUACCACGACUUUGCAACCUUCGCAGCCAUCACGCCACACUAGGACCACUCUUAGACACAGCUGGAACCGUAGAAUUCGGUUACAACGGCUUUCACCCACCACACUCGUGACCCCGCAGCCACAUCUUUCCGCACGCUUUUCCGCCCUCCGCGUUGUACACGAUACGACAAGCUUUAAGGUGGAGUCUAGGCUGUUAUUUGCGGAUCUGAACCGGCAGCAGAUGAAAGUAAUUGCCUCCAGAUCUCACACCACCAAUUUCCUCCCACUGGCCACUCUCUUUCCAAGUAGCGAACCAUCAUGCCCCUCCAAGUCCCCAAAUACUGUGACCUCCCCGUAAAACCCGACGCACCUCCCGGCUCCGCAUGGGGCGUCUUCGACAAGGACGGGACACGCGACGUAUACGGGACCCUGAAUUUCAUAACGUCUGAAGCUGUGGUGGCGGCAAAAGAAGAGAUUCAAAUCGGAGAGUCCGUGGUGCUCAAUCUCCCCUUCCACCUCCCCCACGUGCCCUGCGGCGCCGAAAUCCGCAAGAAGUCCACGCACCAUGUGCUGACCAAGAACUUCGGCAUGUACUGCCUCGACGACGAAGUGAGCUUCAACACGCAGAGCUCGAGCCAAUGGGACGGAUUGUUGCAUUACGCGCACCAGGAGCGCCAGGAGUUCUACAACGGCGUCAAGUACGCUGAUGUCGCCGAAACACAGACAGAUGUGACGCUUGGGGUACAAGCAUGGUGCGACCGCGGUGGCAUCGUCGGCCGCGGCCUUCUUCUCGACUUCGUGCGCUAUGCAGCCAAACACAACAUCGCCUACGACGCGCUGACCAACUACGCCAUCACCCUCGCCCAAAUCAAAGACAUGAUUGCGGACGCGAAGCUAGAGAUCCGGCAAGGCGAUAUCCUGAUGAUCCGCAGCGGGCUUAGCAAAUGGAUCCGCUCGUCGACCCCCGAGAACGGGGACCCGUGGGUAGGGAACAAGCAUAUUGGCGUGGACGCGACGGCGGAGCUGGUCGAGUGGGUGUGGGAUCAGAACCUCGCGGCUGUGGCGGGGGAUGCGGUGGCGUUUGAGGCGUGUCCGUGUCCGGAUGGGAGCUUUAUGCGACUGCAUCAGGCAGCACUGGCGGGCUGGGGGAUGCCGAUUGGCGAGCUUUUUGAUCUGGAGAAGUUAGCAGAGGUGUGUGAGAGGGAAGGGCGCUGGAGCUUCUUCGUGACGGUUUGCCCGCUGAAUGUGACUGGAGGGGUGGCUACGAUGUGCAAUACGUUGGCUAUCCUGUAACUGAGAAUCUUGAGGGCGCAAUUUUCCAACCCGUGUAGAAUAGAACAUGAGUAGAAUACUUGUUGGUUUCUAAAGGUCCUUCUAAGCAAUAGU